CAUAGUUGAUGAAAACAAAGAUUAGGGAAACUUAUCAAUUAUAUACUCAAUUCAUAUGGAUUUUACAAAAAACAAGAAAAAUUUCCUUUCGAUAUAUGGCUAACGGACAAUCCAACAAUGAUUCAUUUAUACAGAGCAUCAGUGAGGAACAGGCGUCAGAUGCAUAUUCGAAGUGUUAAGCACACCUGGUGGCGACCAAAAUCAGGAAGAAGAAGUGCCAAGAGAUCAUCAUAUAAAUACAAACAUCAAAUCGGUAAAGAAAAAACUUCUUUGUCUGGUGGGUCAGAAUCACCUGAAGCUCAAGAACAGGCAGAUGAAAUUUCACAAAAUGAACCGAUAAAGAAAAUUCAGUCACUUGCUGAGGAUGUUCGGGAUGAAAAAGUGAGCUUAGAAGAGAUUCAACCAAUACUAUAUGACAUAGCUAAGGAGAUGGUUCAAGGAAUCAUUCAAGGGAGUGAAGAGAAAAUAUUAAAGUUUAUGGAAUUACUAGAACAAGACCAAGAUCAAAUUAGUAAAAUUUCUGAUUCUGUUGAUUAUGUAAAACCUUCUGUGUCAUUCUGCGAAAGUGUUGAGAUAAUUAGUAGACAAAGCUCAAAAUUGAGUGAAACAUCUGCACAAGAAUUAACUCAAGCUUUUAUAAACAAUUUAACCGAAAAUGUAUCAGUUUAUUUGGAAGAUAUUUUAGAUGAACUUCUUGUGAACAAUGAAGAAGAAAUGAACAGUAACAAUACUCAAUCUAAUCGUAGUAGUAAAAGUGAAAAUGAUACUUCUUAACUAGGUGUAUCUUGAUCGAAAGAGAAUCUGAGUUUCUACAAAAUCAUUGUUAUUAUUAUUAUUAUAGCCAUCGGUAGUCCCUAUUUAUCAGCUGUUAGCAAUCAGUGAAUAAAAAC